AUGAGCCCAGCGUCAAGUGCAGUCCAGGAACGGGUGUCGACUCGAUCCAUGACCCGAGCCCGUAGCCAUCAGAAUGGCCAGAAACAAAGGCAUCCGAGCGAGGCUGAGGGUCGUCACUGUGCACUAAGUUCUCAGAGACGCCGGACGAGUCGGGAGAAGGUCUCUGGGGAAAGCUCGGAGCCGUGUCCUACGAUAUUCACCGUCGGACACGGCACUCGCACCGUCGCCGCCCUCGUCCACGUCCUCCAGUCCGCUGGCGUGGCCAAACUCGUGGAUAUUCGGUCCUUUCCUAGAUCCCGUGCAAACCCCCAGUUCAACCGUGACAGCCUCGUCUGCUCGGCGGAAUUGCGGGCAGCCAACGUGGACUAUGUAUGGCUUGGCGACGCCCUCGGAGGCCGGCGCGGCUCGGUGCAGCCUCGCGUCGAGCAGCACACGGCCAUACGGGUUGCGGCUUUUAGACAUUUUGCGGGAUACAUGAGCACGUUGGCGUUCCUCGAAGGCGUGAGAGAAUUGAGAAGCCUGGCAGAGGAGUCGCGGGACCGUGGGAACGGAAGGGUCGCCAUCAUGUGUAGUGAGACUGUGUGGUGGCGGUGUCACAGGCGCAUGAUUGCCGAUGUCUUGGUGGUGAAGGGGUGCAAGGUCGAGCACUUGGGCAUUCGUGGCGGGGGGCCUGUGAAUCACCGGCUAUGGGAUAUUGCUAGGGUAGGUGACGAUGGGCAUUUGGUUUAUGUUGGUUGUCGUGUGCGGACGGCUCCUGAGUGUGAUCGGAGAGCUUGA